CCAUAAGGUUGUUUACCUUUGAUCACAACUUCGGAAGCAAGAGCUUCUGUGCAAGAUUGUUUCAUUUUCAGAUGCCGUCCUCGUAUUCAUACGAAUCGUAGUGUUCCGCAGGUUACUUGCUAACCACAUCACAAACCUGAAGUCUUCAUUUAUGUCCAAUAAAGUAACAGGUGUUUUCCGGUCCGUAAUGAAAGCUAUACGUGUCACUCAAUUUGGUGGGCCUGAAGUCCUCAAACUUGAAGCUAAUUUGCCAAUUCCAAAGCCGGCAGCUGGACAGGUUCUGAUCAAAAUUGAAGCAGCUGGAAUUAAUCCAGUGGAGACUUACCUUCGAGCUGGAGCUUACGCCAAACUACCUGAUCUACCUUGGACACCUGGAAAUGAUGGUGCAGGAACUGUGCAGGAAGUGGGAUCCGGGGUCACCACUGUUAAGGUUGGUGAUAGAGUGUAUACCAGGGGAACGUUAACCGGGUCUUAUGCAGACUACACAGUGGCUGAUAAAUCUUGCGUCUUUGGUCUGGAUGAAAAGUUGGACUUCAAGCAAGGUGCAACAUUAGGUAUUCCCUACUUCACUGCUUACAGAGCACUGGUUCAACGUGCCCGGGCACAGGCUGGUAUGACGGUGUUAGUUCAUGGUGCAAGCGGCUCAGUUGGCAUUGCUUCUGUCCAGUUUGCUCGAGCCUAUGGUAUGACUGUCUUAGGCACAGCAGGAUCAGAGCAAGGUAUGAAACUGGUUGGAGAGAUGGGAGCUCAUCACAUCUUCAACCAUAGGCAGCAGGGAUAUACAGACAAGAUCAUGGAAGCAACCAGUGGAAGAGGUGUUGAUGUUGUGAUAGAGAUGCUUGCCAAUGUCAACCUGCAACGAGAUCUAGAAAUUCUAGCACCAGGAGGAACAGUUGCUAUUGUUGGGAAUCGAGGCAGCAUUGAGAUCAAUCCUCGACUGACCAUGGGCAAAGAAUCUUCAAUUGUUGGUGUCAUGGGUUCCACAAAAGAAGCUGAUACGAGGGAGACGGCCGCAGCAAUACAGGCUGGUAUGGAGGGCGGAUGGAUCAAACCAUUUAUUGGUAAAGAGUAUCCUCUCCAAGAUGCAGCUAUAGCACAUGAUUACAUCAUCAAGACCACAUCAGCCAUGGGAAGAGUUGUGCUCAUACCAUAGAAAAUGUAGAUGGAGGAAUGAAUUAUGGAUGACAUCAAAACAGUGUCUGGGCCUGUUUAAUUCAUGUGGAUCCGGAUCAUGAUCAGCGUUUCACUGACAUCAGAUCCCAGCUAAUGAAGAGAGUGAACCAGUGUUAAGAUCGAGAUCCAUGUGAAACAAAUAGCCCCUCUGGAUAGUAUUCAUACCAUAGAUAACAUUAACUUGAUUUUGAGAAGGGUCAAUUUCUUGAUAAUUUGAGUUAUAUUUUGUACUCCCUCAGCCAUUUGCUGCCAGGUGCAUUUUGCAACUGCUGCAUGCAUUACUUUUCAAAAUAUGAAAUGGUAACAUAUCUCCUGAAUCAGUUACCAGAUACUUGUUAUUUUUGAAUUUGACCAAACUCCUCAAACCAGUACAAGGAAUUUUGUUACUUUUUCAAGAGAUGAAAAUAUAACACAUCUCCUAAAACCAGUACUAUGUUUUUGGUCCUUUAUUUAAGGGAUGAAAAUAUGACCAAACUCCUAAAACCAGUACAAGGAAUUUUUUUUUACUCACAAGUAAAAGUAUUCUUUUACACCAGAUAAAAUAGUACUAGUCAGAAAUCACAAAAUAAAUGUCCAUGAAAAUGGAAAAUAAAUGUUCAAACUGUA